AUGCUACAAGCCGAGCCUUGCCGCUGUCAACAAGAUGGCGGCGGGAACAAGGCUGCGUCCCUUUCCGAUGCUGGUGCAGGGAGACUGGGGGAGCCCCGAUCCCCCCAAAACUUUGAGAAACAAAAUUCUUCGCUACUUCCAGAGCCGGAAAAAAUCGGGAGGUGGAGAAUGCGAGAUUCAGCAGCAAGCGGGACAGAUCUUGGUUUGCUUUGUCCAGGAAGAAGUGAGGCAAAGAGUUCUCUCCCAGAAGAUGCAUGAACUCGAUUUGGCAGGAAGAGGAAUACUAAAGCUGGAAGUCUCACUGUAUGAAACAACAGGCCCAGCUAAAGAUAAUAUACCUAAGAAGGAAAUAAUUCCGGAGAAGGCUCUGAGGGAAGAUCAAGCAACAGAGAUGGAAGUGCCACAAGAUUGCCAAACAGAUCAUAUUAUCCUAGGAAACGGGUCAGCUGGGAACGAUCCAUGUGCUGAGAAGGAUAUUCUUGACUAUUCUCAAAGAUUUUCUCAAGUAGUUCUUGAAAAUAUUGAAGAAAGUAUCCAACUGGAAACAUUAACGCUACUGGUAGAUAAUAUCAAUGCGCUUUCAGGAGAUAAUACCUUCCAUAUUGAACUGAUAAGUGAGAUGAAGGCUGCAGUAGUAACCUUUCAGCAAAGCAAUGCAGCUGCAAAUUUUCUCAAGCAGUGUACCAAGAACCUUAGAUUCCAGCAGUACAAACUUACAGCCAGGCCUCUUGAAUUGACUCACAUAGUCAAAGUUGAAAACAUCCCAGCUGGAACAUCCAGGGAAUUCAUAACUCUCUACUUCGAAAGUCCAAAACGUGGAGGGGGGCAGGUGUCUGAUAUUCAGAUGUUACCCACGGAAGAUUCAGCUCUUGUUAAAUUUGGUGACUCUCAAGCUGUCCUGACAAUAUUGAAAGAGCAGCAUUCAUUUAAUGGCCAACCGAUCCUGGUUUAUCCAUUCUACAGUUCUUUGGAUACAGUUUUGUAUGGAAAGGAGAGGCCACAAAUCAAGAUGCCAGAGUCUAUCACUGUCCCUUUAGAUCCUUAUAUAUGGCAGUUUCUACAAGGAAAGAGUGAAUUAAUCCGAGAAAUAGAGAAAGAAAUGGCCAAUUGUUUCUGUGAACUGAUGUGGCCCCAGGUAACUUGUGUGCAUCCGGAGGUUGUAAUGUCUCCUUCAGCUAUCUUAGCUAAGCAAAGAAGGUCCAUAAAAGAAUUGGUUAAGUCUUGGAAAGAUAAAGUUUCUGAGGAACUUGCAUGCAUCCUGUCAAAGUUCAGGACAGUUAAAUGCAAAAUCAUUCCAGAAGCAUGGGAGACCAUAGAAAACAAUUCGUUAAAAAAUGUGUUGGCUGUGCCGGAUGACUCCAAACUUUGUGUUACUCUAGCUGGUUUUGCAUUCACUGUGGAUAGUGUGGAGAAAGAGUUGAAGGAAUAUAUAGAGCAUUUGAUCAAGGAUUCUGAAAUAGCCAGGCAAACAUUACAACAUACAUUAUCAAUUUCCCCAGUAAAGUAUACAGUUUUGAAGCAUAUCUUGCUAGAAGAGAAUAUCUGUGAAGAAAAUACUAAAAUGUGUUAUAAUGCUUCAGCAAAGCAAUUGCAGCUGAAUGGAAUACCUGCAGAAGUUUACAAAAUGAAGUGUGACUUACUGGAGAAGAUGCACAGCAUAGUGGAGAAAAAUGUCAAUAUUCACUCUUCCAUAUUUCAGUUCCUACAAAAUGCAGACCCUGAAAAGGUGUCAGGGAGCCUAUUUAGGGCAAAUAAAAUUAAUGCAGCCUAUGAACUUACACAUGAUUCUAUAACAUUGGUAGGACAUUCUCCUGAAGGCCUCUUAAGAGCAGAGGAACAAAUAAAGGAAGAUUUGAAUCAUGAAUGCAUUAUAUUGAAGGACCAGGAGCUCAUCUACAGAAAGAAAUGGAAGAACUUCAUUAAGCAUCUGCGUGGGCUACACAAUUCUGUUGGAGAAAUUGUAAUAAUUGAGGCCUGCAUUGAUUUGGGAGAGGAUGCUAAAGUUGUUGUGGCUGGUUAUACAAAACCAGUAGCAGAUGUUUACAAGCAGCUUUCUGAUUUUGUUGAAAGACAUAGCCACAUACUAAAAGUAAUUCCGGCCAAGACAGUGACUAUUGUACAAUUUAUAGAGAAGGAAAAGCAGAAGGUUUGGUGUGAUUUGAAGAAGAAAGGCCUCACCAUUAAUUUUGGGCUCCAGACAAAACAGAGAAACAUUGUAUUAAGUGGACCCAAAAUAGAAGUGGCAAAGGCCGCAGUGGUGGUGGAGCAAAUGCUGUCUUCACUGUAUUCCAUGAACGUAGUGAUUGAUAAACCUGGAGUGAAAGCCUUUUUCAAAAAUCAAGAACAUUUCUAUGUUAACCAAGCAAAAACAAAUUUCAGGUGUCUGAUCAGUUUGCAAACAGAUGGUGAGAAAAACGGAGACUCUGCUGAAAAUGUAGAACACCUUCAGACCCAGGUAAAUUUAAAAGAUGGUAUUGUGAUACAGGUCUCUAUGGGAGAUCUGACCAGUUACCAAGCUGAUGUUGUGGUCAGUGCAUCAAAUGAAAUGCUGAAGCACUGUGGUGGCCUCGCAAAUGCUCUGCUAAAAGCGGCCGGCCCACAGUUACAAGAUGAAUGCGAUGAUAUCAUACAGAAACAUGGACAUCUAAAGCCUGGUAGUGCAAUAAUCACAGGAGCUUGGAACCUUCCAUGUAAACAGGUGAUUCAUGCUGUUGGGCCAAAGUGGAAUAGUGCUGACAAAGAAAAAUGUAUACAAGUAUUGAAGAAAGUUGUAAGGGAAAGUUUAAAACUGGCAGAAACAUUCAACCAUUGCUCCAUAGCUAUCCCUGCCAUAAGCUCUGGGAUUUUUGGGUUCCCAAUAAAAGAGUGCACUCAUUCCAUUUUAACAGCCAUUAAGGAAACCUUAGAAGAGUCUUCUGAGAAUGGUAGCCUGAAACAGAUUUGCCUGGUAGAUACGACCCAAGAAACAGUUCAGGCUUUUUCUGAUGCUUUGAAUGAAGUGUUUAAAAGUGGAUCAUCCCAACCCGCAUCACUGUCUUCUCCAUCAAUCAGUCAGCCUUUGGAAAGCGAAGAUCUUGUAGUGACUUCUGAUAAAGUUCUGAAACUCAUUCUAGAAGAAAAAGGCAUUGAAGAUGCUACGACGGAUGUUGUCGUAAGCAGUGUUGGUAAAGAUCUAAAGCUUGGCGUAGGCCCACUUUCAACAGCUGUGCUACAGAAGGCUGGAGACAAGCUUCAAGAUGAGUACCAUCAAGUGGUCCAAGGUCAGGGAGCCCUAGGUGACUGUAUAAUUCAAACACAUGGGCAUAACCUUGCCUGUGCUUUUUUGUUCCACGCUAUAGUUCCACAGUGGGAUGCAGGAAAAGGGAACGCAACAAAGGAACUUAAAAAUAUUGUGCGGAAAUGCCUGGAGAGGACUGAAAUGUUGUCGUUAAAGUCUAUCUCAUUCCCAGCCAUUGGGACUGGUGGUUUUAAUUUUCCAAAUUCUGAGGUGGCUAAAUAUAUGUGUGAGGAAGUGCUUCAGUUCAGUAGCAGGAAGAAUUUCAAGUCCCUUCAGAAAGUUCAUUUUCUCCUACAUCCAAAAGAUAAAGAUAAUAUAAAGACAUUUACAGAGGUUUUUCGAUCUGAGAUUGGUGGGAUUCUGAAGGCUGUGCCACAGAACAAUGAAGAAAUGGCAGGUUUCUUCGGAUCCCUUUCUACCUCAGUUUUAGGAAUUAAUGAAAUGCUUAUUGGAUCCAUCACAUUCCAGUCAGUGACAGGAGACAUUACAAAGGAAGAUACGGAUGUCAUUGUAAAUGUAACCAAUGCAAACUUUAAUGCCAAAUCAGGUGUCUCCAAAGCAAUUUUGCAAGGUGCUGGACCUGAAGUUGAAGCAGAGUGCUCAGUACUUGCCUCUCAGCCUCACAAUGGAUUCAUAACUACACAAAAUGGCAAUCUAAUCUGUAAAAGAAUUAUCCACCUGGCUCCUGACUCCAGCAUCAAAACUCAGGUCUCCAAAGUGCUUCAGGAGUGCGAAGCAAAAAAGUAUGCCUCUGUUGCCUUCCCUGUAAUUGGAACAGGUCAGGCAGGAAGGAGUCCUGAUGAAGCAGCUGCUGAUAUGAUCAGUGCAAUUGCUGACUUUGCAGGAAAAGAUUUGCCCCAGUACUUGAAAAUCAUUAAGGUGGUUGUUUUUCAGCCACAUAUGCAAAAGGCCUUUUAUACCACUUUGAAAAAUAAAGAAGGACUUGCAUUGCCCACCUCAGAAUCUAUGGUUUCUAAGUUUAAAGCAUUUCUAACUGGUAGGAAGUCACCUGCUAAAAAGAAACGUAUUAUAGUGUUGGAGAAGAAGAUUGAGAUGGCAUCGUUUGAGAUCUGUGGUGAAAACAGGGAAAAUGUGGAAGAUGCUGUAGCCUGGCUAAAGAAAUUGAUUUUCCAGGAACAGACAGAAAAUCUCAUUGUUGAUGACUUGAUAGACAUGUUUGAUGAUGCUGAGAUAAAGAAACUGAAUGAUCUUCAGAAAAGAUUGCACAUUGCCAUUCAGCUGGACAAGAUGCAGUCUCCUCCUUUCAUUUUGGUAUCUGGUGUCCCCCGGGAUGUCCUCACUGCCUUCACAGAAAUUCAGAACCUAUUAAAAUACCUUAAAGCUGACCAGGAAAAGAAAUCCAAGGCAGAACUUGCUAAAGUUUUAGUUGAGUGGCAGUAUUGUACAAAUGGGGAUGCCUUUGUAGCUUUUGAUAUGCUAAGUAACCUAGAUUUAGAAGAUGCUAAAAUCAGCAAAAAGAAACAAGUUCAAGUCCAAAUUCAAGGAGAGAAUUACACAGCAGACCUGAACAAGAUGUGUGUUGUGGAUAGCCAAGGAAAAAGUAUAAAAAUUAACCGUGUUGGAAAGAAUGAAGACAAACUAUUAGAACACCUUCCUAAACACUGGGAAGAUAUGAAAGGAAGUCAUGUCAAAUUGGUUCCGCUACAGCCUACAACAGGAGAAUAUAAGGAAAUUGAAAAAAAAUUCAGGAUUGGCUGCCCUUCACACACAAUUGAAAAGAUUGAAAGGGUACAGAAUCCUUACCUCUGGCAAGCCUACCAAGUCAGGAAACAGCAAAUAGAUAAAAAAAAUGGCCAUGGAAACAAUGAGAAGAUCCUUUUCCAUGGGACUCCCAGUUCCACACUGAUUCCAAUUUACCAGACUGGCUUUAACCGCAGUUAUGCUGGAAAGAACGCUGUGAUAAUUGGUAAUGGGACCUACUUUGCCACCUCUUCAAACUAUUCUGCGGAUGAUAGAUACUCCACACCAGACAGUCAUGGCAGAAAAUAUAUGUACAUUGCCCGUGUUCUGACUGGAGAUUAUUGUACAGGAAAAGCAGGACAAAUUACACCACCAUCCAAAAAUAAAGACGGAUUUGACUUAUACGACAGCGUAACCAACAACAUGACUCAACCAUCGAUGUUUGUUAUCUUUCACGAUGCUCAGGCUUACCCAGAACAUCUAAUUACUUUUAGAAGGUAAGUUAACAGGCAAAAGAUGAUUUACUUGCCUCUCACACUAAAAGCAAGUAAUCUGAAUGAACCUUUUUAGAAUAUUUGUCACUUGAAUCUUGAUUCGCUAGCUGGCUCCUCCCAGAAUGGCAAAGGCUAAAAUAAUAGUAAGAUCCAGUAGAGAUCAGCAAACAAUGUUGAAUUCAAACUAGAGAGGGUAGAACAUGAAGGUUUUCUGGAUAGAGAAUCUACUUGAAGGAAAUGGUAGAACCCUGAGCAUUGCAGUCUUGUAAAGGCAUUGAGGAUAUAUAUGAUUGGAAAUGUUCUAUAAAGUCUCCUUGCUGUAACUUUCACUGAUCACAUGUUCAAAGGGUCCCUUUCAGUUUCAGUGAAAAUCAUUAUGCAUGGCAGAUGAAGGAAAACAGGUGCUUUUUUCCAGAUCAGAGAUUUCUCUAAUCUUUUCUGGUGGCUUUGCCAAUUCUUCUGAAGGUGUUGAGGAAAUUCUGAACUUCACCAUCAGGUCACUUGUCCUCCACCGAUUUAUCUGUAUUUUCCAGGAGCAUUCAGCACCUAUUUCUGCAUUUUCAUCUGGUGCUUAGCAAGUUAUGAGCAAGCAUGUGUUUUCUAUUUCUGGAAAAAUGGUUAGCAACAACAUGCAUGAAUUAAAUAUGCCUAUUAUUGACAGUUUGCAGGUAGUGAGAAACCAAAGCUCAGCUGUAAAGCUGGGAUAGCUUGUACUAGUUUCCAUUUCUGCCUUAAUCUGGACUGCUUCUAUGCUUAUGGUAUUCUGCUAUGCAUAAGAGAACUAAUGAGAAAUUUUAACCAUCAAACGACUGUUAAAACAAAAGCCAGUUGCACUUUACGGCAUUGUGUCAGAGACUGAAAAACAGUAGGUCCACCCUACAGCCAUGAAUUGGUCACUUCAGCUUUAGAAAGGACUUGGAGCUCACAAAGAAGCCAUAGAUCAUAGUUGUUUUCAAGUACUGCUCUUACUACUGCAUGGGAAAGAACUGCAUCCAGCUGAUGAACUUCAUGAGGAGCCAGAAAGUAGACAGAAAGCCAGAAAGGGUAGUCCAUCGACUCAAGAGAGGAGCAGUGCGCUCUGGUUGGUUCUCCCCACUGCCAUUUAGAAAUAUAACUCUCAAGUGAUACGUCAGCUCUCAUCCUGCCAAAUGAUGCCACUAGUUUAUUAACUAGCAUUAUCUUGGCCCAAGUACUGAAGUGCCUGCAUUUAAAAUUUUUCCAAGAAUUACCUGUGUCAUUUACUCCAAUAAACUUUGAAAAACGUGUA